AUGAACAACAGUAUUCACGUCGUUGUCUCUUCCGGGUCGGGGACGGGCAAGGCAUCCGAGGUAUGGGAAGAGGUUGUAAAGCCACGUUUGGACGGAAAACAGUACCAAGUCCAUUUCACUGCUUCAGAGGACAGUGUGUCCGAUCUCACCAGAGAUGUCUUGCUUCCUCAGGCGAACCGUGGCGUCGCUCAGACUGUGAUUCUGAUGAGCGGCGAUGGCGGUAUCGUGGACAUUGUAAACACUUUGCUCUCCGGAGACCGCAGUGAAGCAUACAAGAAACCGACGAUAUCGGUCAUUCCACUUGGUACGGGAAAUGCACUUGCUCAUAGUAUAGGCGUCUCCGACACCACGACAGCGCUUGACACCCUCGAUAAAGGCACCCCAAAGGAGCUUCCACUUUUCUGUGCUCGCUUUUCAGCAGGCGCCAGACAAUUAUACAAUGAAGCUCGAGAACAGCGAGAGCUUGCAAUGAAAGACCAUGUUCCUGUGGCCUACGGCGCUGUGGUCUGCUCCUGGGGACUUCACGCUGGUCUGGUUGCAGAUAGCGACACAGCCGAGUAUCRCAAAUUCGGCGCUGAAAGAUUCAAGAUGGCUGCGAAAGAGGCUCUGUACCCAGAAGAUGGCUCUCCACCUCAUGUGUAUCGCGCUAAGCUCUCGGCAUGGCAACGUGGCGAGGAAUCAUCCCAUUCGAUUCGAGAAGGUGAUCAUGCAUAUGUCCUAGCGACGCUAGUCAGUCAUCUGGAGAAGGGCUUCAACAUCAGCCCGCAAUCAAAGCCUUUGGAUGGAGUACUGCGUCUUGUACACUUCGGCCCUAUGCCUGGCGCUGCGGCCAUGGAAGUCCUUACCAAGGCCUAUCAAGGUGGCCAGCAUGUUGAAGAUCAGAGAGUGGGCUAUGAGGAGAUUGAUCGCUUACUGAUCCAAUUCGACGAGAAAGAUGCUCGGUGGCGCCGGGUCUGCGUUGAUGGAAAGAUCAUUCAGGUAGAAGAAGGUGGCUGGCUCGACCUUGAAGCAGGGCAGAAGGGAGUGGUUGAUCUUCUCAUGCAGUGA